AUGCGGGCUUUGUUGCGGAGGCGUGGAGGGACUUCGUGUUUUGUGGCUGGCGUUCUGGCUGUGGGUUGUUCGAGCAUUUGGCGUGAAUCGAUGCCGCCGUCGGCAUCGCUGAUUCCGGGAUCAGUAGUGGGCGUAUUGCCGGCGAGUGCAUUGGUUGGCAACGACGAGAAGGUUUACGGAGGCGAGGGCUUGAGAGGUUUGACAACGUUGGCGGUGAUGGGUCAUGUUUUCGAGACUGUCGGUGACGCUCAUAUGAAGCUGGAUGAAUUAUUGUCAGAAGAUGAGUGGAAGAAGGUACACGGAAUUACGGGAGCGGAUUUGUGGAAAUGUAAGCUGAUCUAUGUGGAGCUGGGAGCGAUUAUAUGGAUGUUCGUUCGUUGUCCCUUUGGCCAGGUUACAGAUAAAGCGCAGAUGACAGUACGUGAGUGGUUGGAAGGAGUCGGGGGGCUGAGAAUAACGAAUAACUGGAUCGCAGGGUGCCUACUUCAGCGUGCCGGGGUCUCUACACGCAAGCUAAUUGAUUUUAUUACUGACACCCUGGGAUACGUACCGGCUGACCGUUGGGCGGCGUUAGAAUGUCUUGCCAAAAGCAGACUACGGUACGCGAGAUACGGGCGAAGGACCACUAAGAAGGGCAGAAGGGAGUUGCUCCUUAACCGAGAACGGAAUCUACCAACAACCGAGCUUACAGCACACGAGUUUGCAGAAAUGAUACCCUUAAGAGUUGCGUUUCGAGGACGUCCAAGAAUAGCCAAAGCGAAACCGAUCAAGCUUCGCCCAAAAGCAGUGGCUCCUUCUCCUGUCUACCGACUUCGUGCAGGCCUUCGCCCAUCUUAUGCCAAGCCCUUCUCUUCUCUGGAGAAUAUAUACAGGAAAGUCAGCGAACUGCUCGACGGACGUUUGCAAAAGUUGGUUGAAAUUGAGGUUAAGCAUUUUGACACAUGCAGCCUGGACUACGUGGAACUAUGUACAAUUGUAGACAAACAUGUUCGGGAUGCCUUCGGCGGAGUUUGUUCUCGUGUUCUCGCCCGUAUCGCUGCAGCCAUGGAAGAAAAUACGCGGUCCAGAAGACUCAAAGGUUGGAUAUCAGGAUGCUUACUGCAGUAUGCAGAGGUCCCAAUUUCAGACCUUGUUGACUUAUGUCUGAAUGAAUGCAAAUACGCUCCCUCCGUCGGCUGGAAGCUUGAAUGUCUGAAGUACAGUGAAUUGUGCAGAAUGAGCCGUCGACGAAAGCCUGUAGAACCGAAAACACGUUUCCACGAACUUCUAGGUGGCCUGCACGAGAAGGUCUCCAUUCCUGAAUUCAAAAGACUGAUGGCCUUGGGCACACAGGAACAAGCAGAUUUUCUUUAUGGGCGCUACUUGGCUUUCGCCACCUCGUUGGAAUCCAAAGAUCACAGCAGAUGUUCCACCCAACCAACCGCGACAGGACCGACUUCAAGUAUGCUAGACCCGACCGUCGUCCAGGGCCCGGUCGUCGUCCAGGAUCGGGCCGUCGUCCAAAAUCCGGCCGUCGUCCAGGAUCCGGCCGUCGUCCAGGAUCCGACCGUCCAGAACCCUGCAAUGAUGUACUGCCACCCAGACGACCUCAUUGGAUUUCUCAACUGGGUGGAAUCAAGCCAUCAUUAG